GUUAUGUAAGCGAGGAAGGAGCUUCGCUAUAAAAAUCCCCAAAACGGAGAGUUCUAUGUAUUUAAAGGAGGAUGAAGAUAAAAUGGCUAAUACAGAGCUUUAUACUUUCAUUGAUUUGGCAAGGAACAUUUGUCCGUCCGAUGUCAAGUGUGUCCAAUGGGAAGCCACAGAAUUCGGCGGCAGACGUAAAAUCUCCAUCUCAACGGGCUUUUUCAACGAAACUCUCUUUGCAGCCACUCGCAACGGCUUUAUCCAAGCUUCUAACUGAGAAACUGUCCAGUUUAUCCAAAAUGAGGCUACCUGGAACGCAGACCCCUGCUAACCUGUCUCCAUCAAAUUCCAGGACACAAGUGUCAUCCAAAUCCAAAGCUAAAUCACUCGGAUCAUCGGCACGAGAGGGGUCAUUCAGAACGGAUUCAUUAAAACAAAAGAAGCCGGACCGGAGGAUAUUCGCGAUAAAACAAAUGUCCAAGGUGUGGGUAGCGGUGCAGGAAAAUCCUUGCAGAGGCUACGAUACGAAUCCAGAAUAUCUUCAAGGUAGAAAGUAUAAAAAGGCUGUGUGUUUUUCGCACCUGUACUCUCUGCGUAAGUCCGAAACUGAGAAAAAGCAAAUGCAGCCGCCUGACGAUAAGUGCUACGAAGCAGUUCUGGAGCUCCGAACUUUACCCAAUGACCUGACAGAACGCUGUCACCGCUUUAUCGACGCACAAUGUUUUGCUUUGGAUCGGGAUGGAACGAUGUUGGUUUUCGCGGCUCCAACCAAAUCCCAACACCUAACAUAGAUGCCUUGGCUUACAAUGGCAUUGUUCUCGAUCGACAUUACACAUUGCCAACCUGCACACCAUCAAGGGCAGCACUGCUCACCGGAAAAAAUCCUGUCCGAAUGGGUUUACUCAUGCCAACUCUAGCUGGGCACGCGGAUGGAAUACCACUCACUGAACAGCUCUUGCCUCAGAAGUUGCAGAAGCUUGGUUAUGUCACCCGUCUGAUUGGUAAAUGGCAUGUGGGGUCGGCGAAGAAAAGUAUGACUCCUAUUCGCAGAGGAUUUCACUCUCAUUUUGGUUUCUACAACGGCUUUGUCGGUUACAAGAAUGGUAUCCACGACUUUCAAAAUACUUCCGGAUUCGACUGUUACCGCAAUUUCCACCGGAGCAAGCAUGAGGUUGAAGGGAAGUAUUUGACGGACGUUUACACGAAGGAAGCUGUGGACGUGAUUGAGGCUCACAGUAGAUCAUCGGCACCUCUGUUCCUCAUGCUGUCGCAUUUGGCACCUCAUGCAGGCGCUAUCGGGGUCCUAGAAGCGCGGGACGAGGCGAAAAAUGCUAAGAAAUACAGCUAUAUUGCCGACCCGUUGAGGCGAUUAUAUGCAGGUGUGAUGGAGGCUCUGGAUGCAUCAGUGGGGGCGGUGGUUUCAGCAUUGGACUCGCACAAUAUGUUACGGAACAGUGUCAUCAUUUUCAUAUCCGACAAUGGAGGACCCACCACACGACCAGAUCUCGGACUCCAAACGGGAGCAUCCAAUUGGCCACUCAGAGGUUUGAAAGGGUCUCUGUUCGAGGGUGGCGUGAGAGGAGUGGCAGUUGCGUGGAGUCCGCUUUUCAAGAACCUCGCUCAAACCUCCGACAACUACAUCCACCUCACCGAUUGGCUCCCAACUUUAUAUUACGCCGCAGGUGGUGACGUGAAUUCUCUUUCAGCGUUGGAUGGAAUAAAUCAGUGGUCUCAUUUAGUUGACGUAAAGUCUAAAAGUUCAAGGGAUCAGCUUUUGGUGCAUAUUUACGAGAAAAGAAGUAAAUGGGCAGUUAUCAAAGAUAAAUGGAAAUUGAUUCAAGCCAACGACACAGAGACGCUAAAAUACACCACCUUCUACCAUGGGGAAAGCGGACGCAACGGAGAGAAAUAUUCGCUGAAUCUCGUCACGGACAGUCCGGUAUCAAAGAUCCUCCGACGCAACGUGUCGGAAAAGGAACUGGAGAUGAAAUACGCGGAACGGAGGAGGAGUUUGAACCGGGGGACGAUGGCGGCAUGUUCGGAGCGAAUAGCAGCCUCCAAGUUGGUCCCACCGGAUCAGUGCAGCGAGGCACCUUGUCUCUUCAACAUCCACCAAGAUCCGUGCGAGUUCCGAGACGUGGCCGCUCACCAUCCAUCGAUUGUUGAUGAGCUCCGAGAACUCUACGAAAAAUACGCUUCGUCGUUUGCGGAACCGCAGGAUCACGGCUUGGACCCUGCUGCGCUCCCCCAGAACUGGGACGGGUGGUGGACGCCGUGGCUCGACUCUUAGAGGGUGACAUAGGCGGAUCCAGCA